GCAAGGGCAGCGGGCCUGGCGCGGCCGCCGGAUGGCGCGGCUCGGGGACUGCCUGCCCCGCCUGGCGCGCGCGGUGCGCGCCCUGCUCUUCUGGUGCCUGGUCUACUGCUACUGCGGGCUCUGCGCCGCCGGCUACCUGCUCAAACUUUUGUGGAGCAUCGGCAGGGCGCCCGCGCAGACCUUCCGGCGGGUCGCCCGGGAACAGCCCCCCGCCUGCCUGAACGACCCCUCUUUGGGCACCCACUGCUACGUGCGGAUCAAGGAUUCAGGACUAAGAUUUCACUAUGUUGCUGCUGGAGAAAGAGGCAAACCACUUAUGCUGCUGCUUCAUGGAUUUCCAGAAUUCUGGUAUUCUUGGCGUCACCAACUAAGGGAAUUUAAAAGUGAAUAUCGAGUUGUAGCUCUGGAUUUGAGAGGUUAUGGAGAAACAGAUGCUCCCACUCAUCGAGAGAAUUAUAAAUUGGACUGCCUAAUUACAGAUAUAAAGGAUAUUUUGGACUCUUUAGGAUAUAGCAAAUGUGUUCUUAUUGGUCAUGACUGGGGGGGCAUGAUUGCUUGGCUUGUUGCCAUCUGUUAUCCUGAAAUGGUGAUGAAGCUUAUUGCUGUUAACUUCCCUCAUCCAAACGUAUUUACAGAAUAUAUCUUACGACACCCCACCCAGCUGCUCAAAUCCAGUUAUUACUACUUCUUCCAGCUACCAUGGUUCCCAGAAUUUAUGUUCUCAAUAAAUGAUUUCAAGGCUUUGAAGCAUCUGUUUACCAGUGACAGCACUGGUAUUGGAAGAAAAGGAUGUCGAUUAACAACAGAAGAUCUUGAAGCUUAUAUUUAUGUCUUUUCUCAGCCUGGAGCAUUAAGUGGUCCAAUUAACCAUUACCGUAAUGUCUUCAGCUGCCUGCCUCUCAAACAUCACGUGGUGACCACUCCAACACUUCUCCUGUGGGGCGAGAAAGACGCAUUUAUGGAUGUUGAGAUGGCUGAAGUCACAAAGAUUUAUGUUAAAAACUAUUUCAGGCUAACUAUUUUGUCAGAAACCAGUCAUUGGCUUCAGCAAGAACAACCUGACAUAGUGAACAAAUUGAUAUGGACAUUUCUAAAAGAAGAAACAAGAAGAAGAGAUUGACUUUUCUGUAUCUUCUCUGUGGGUUCUGUAAUGAAAUCUCUAAAUAAUUUUUAAAUUGUUAAUUAUUGUUAAUAUUGCCCAUCAAUUUCUUUAAGCAUUAUUAAGGGGGAAAAAAAACUGUUUCAGUAUGCUUUCUCAUAAAUAAAUGUCCUGACAAAUGCUAUUGCAAAAGAAAUCUGAGAAUGUGUGACCAUGUGACGUAAUAUUGAUUUUCUUCUGUUAUAUUUUGCACAGAAAAGCAUCUGCCUUAAAAUGUAUACACUUCUACAAAAAG